UUCACCACCACGGAGGGAGAGAGACAGGGGAGAAAACGCAAGCCUCCUGGACAGACCAGCUCCCCCUUCCCCUCUCCUGAGAGCCCCUCACACUGGGACUGGCAUGGAGCCCUGCAGACGUUAGUGUGGGGGGUCGUGAUCACACACCGAGGGCAGGGCAACCUGCAGCCUGACGGACGUCCAGAGGAAGGACACUCAGAGAGAGACGAGACUAGCAGAAAGACUGUAAGAGAAAAAAAGAGUAACGAGCGGGAGAGAGAAGCUGUCAGUUAAAGUGACAGCGAAAAAAAAAGUUGAAGGGCCUGCUGAGAGGUCGAAAGAGAACAUCACUGUGACUGACUGAGAGAGAGAGAGAGAGAAAGAGAGAGAGAGAGAGUGAGUGAGGAUGAGUGUGGGGAGGAUUAGUCGCUACAGCAUCGUCUCCUCUGAAGAGGAUGGCCUCCGCCUGACCAACAUGCACGGUGGUGGCGCCGGGGGCGGCAUGAACGGCUUCGGCAAUGGCAAGAUCCACACGCGGCGGAAAAGCCGCAACCGCUUCGUCAAGAAGAACGGACAGUGCAACGUGCAGUUCACCAACAUGGACGAGAAGUCGCAGCGCUACCUGGCCGACAUCUUCACCACCUGUGUGGAUAUUCGAUGGCGGUACAUGCUGGUGGUCUUUACUCUGGUGUUUGUAGUGAGCUGGCUGGCCUUCGGACUUGCCUUCUGGGCCAUAGCCCUCUUCCAUGGAGACCUGGACAACCCGGCCGGGGACGACAACUUCACGCCGUGUGUCCUGCAGGUCAACGGCUUCGUGGCGGCGUUCCUCUUCUCCAUCGAGACCCAGACCACCAUCGGCUACGGUUUCCGCUGCGUGACCGAGGAGUGCCCGGUGGCUGUCUUCCUGGUGGUCUUCCAGAGCAUCGUGGGCAGCAUCAUCGACUGCUUCAUGAUCGGCGCCAUCAUGGCCAAGAUGGCGCGGCCCAAGAAGCGCGCCCAGACGCUGCUCUUCUCGCACAACGCCGUCAUCGCCAUGCGCGACGGCAAGCUGUGCCUCAUGUGGCGCGUGGGCAACCUCCGCAAGAGCCACAUCGUGGAGGCGCACGUGCGCGCCCAGCUCAUCAAGCCGCGGGUGACCGAGGAGGGCGAGUACAUCCCCCUGGACCAGCUGGACAUCGACGUGGGCUACGACCAAGGCCAGGACCGCAUCUUCCUGGUGUCGCCGCUCACCAUCAUGCACGAGAUCGACGAGGAGAGCCCGCUCUACGGCAUCAGCAAGCAGGACCUGGAGACGGCCGACUUCGAGGUGGUGGUGAUCCUGGAGGGCAUGGUGGAGGCCACGGCCAUGACGGCGCAGGCGCGCAGCUCCUACCUGGCCAGCGAGAUCCUGUGGGGCCACCGAUUUGAGCCGGUGCUGUUCGAGGAGAAGAACCAGUACAAAGUGGACUACUCGCACUUCCACAAGACCUACGAGGUGCCCACCACGCCGCGCUGCAGCGCCAAGGACAUGGUGGAGAGCAAGUACCUGGUGCCGGCCGCCAACUCCUUCUGCUACGAGAACGAGCUGGCCUUCAUCAGCCGUGAGGAAGAGGAGGAGGAGGAGCAGGAGAGGGGCCGGGCCGGCGGCGAGCACACGCUGCCCAGCCUCAGCCCCGGCCGGACCAGCCGCCUGCAGACGCCGCGGCCCCAUGAACAGAGGUCGUACCGCCGCGAGUCGGAGAUAUGACCUCUGACCCCCCCC